GGCUGAAGUGGAAGAAGCGCUGGAUAUCAUUGAAGCAGCGUCAUCGAAUUCACUCGGCGAGGAUUGUGCGUCGACGGCAGGAUAUAAAUCUCUACCAACUGGAGCAGCUUUGGAUCCAAGACGAUUCGAUGCAGCGAGACAGAAAAUAGAUAUGGCUGCUAUGAUGAUGCAGAAUCUCGGAUCAAAUAAUCAUCCACCAGGACUGUUGGACGCAGUAGCACGAUCACUUUUGUCAUCGGUCAACAAUGCAAUAGCAACGAGAGUUGUCGUUCUGAAUGCAUCGACGGAUAUUGUUAUCGCGGAAACCUGGUUAAAACGUACGCCGAGUAGUAUGGGUGAACCAAUAAAACUUGAAAGCGACACCCUGCGCGCGGGAUAUCGACCGCAUCCAGGACUCCCUUGGUUCGAGAAACCCGGAGGCUCUACUUCGCAAUUGAGGUCUCCGAAGUUCGUGUUAUCAGCGCCGAUAGAGUCAUACAUGGGCUGGUGGACGGUGCCAUAUCUGUCCUGCAAAACCCACCAGUGGAUAAUAUCAUACAGCGUGUAUGUUCGGCAAUCGGAUGCACGAACCGGCACUCGUGACUUUUUAAGUGUCGAUAUCGACAUCAGUGGCCUGGAAGUCAACCAAUGCGACCAAGAAACGUCUUCUUCUGCUGAUUCAGCUCCAACUUUUACAUCUUCUUCUUCUUCUUCGAGUUCUACUUCAGAUGGCAUCCGUCAACAUUUGGAUACUUUUGGGGCCGCAUCUCCUCGAGAUAAUCAGAUGGAAUCCUUCAGCGGCUCACACAAGUGUCACAACGAUACUACGCAAUGCGAGUACAGAGGACCCUUCAGCAGCAGCAGCAGCAGCAGCAGCAGCAGCAGAAGUGCCGAGAUCAGCGUAUCACCCAUAGCGCCCGGAUGGGUAAAAGGUGCCUACGUAUGCAGAUGUCGUGACGGAUUUUACAGCCUAGAUCUUUCUAGUGCCGCUGAAAGAGAGCUCGCAACUUUUGACGGUGUACUUGUAGAAGCUGCGUGGAGAGAAAUGCAGCUGAAUAAAAGUGAUUUGUAUGAUAAAAUGUUUAGAUGCACUAGAUGUGCUGUCGGUUGUAUAACUUGUACAGGUCCAGAACCUUGCUUAGCAACUUAUCAUUGGCCAUUUAGAAUAACUUUGCUGACGUUUUCGAUAUUUUGUUCGUGUGGCGCCGUCCUUUUAAUAUUUUAUGUCUACAAACAUCGGAAGCUCAAAGUAUUCAAGGUUGCAUCGCCAAUUUUUCUAUCCAUCACUCUACUCGGGUGUGCAAUUAUGUACCUAGAAAUGGCUGCAAUAUUUCCCGUACUUGACGUCUACUCUUGCAUCGCAACCAAGUGGACAAGACAUCUUGGGUUCUGCAUAUCUUAUACAGCUCUGCUAAUGAAAACCUGGAGAGUAUCAUUGACGUAUCGCGUCAAGAGCGCUCACAAAGUUAAGCUCACCGACAAGCAGCUACUACAGUGGAUGAUUCCCAUUCUGCUUGUUAUGAUUAUUUAUUUGAGCACUUGGACACUCAGUGCUCCGCCUGACGCUCAUGUUAUUGCUGACAGCCAAGGUCUAAAGUUUUAUCAAUGCAAUUAUAAUUGGUGGGAUCACAGUCUUGCAAUAGGGGAGAUAUUAUUUCUCGCGUGGGGGAUAAGAGUGUGCUACAACGUGCGUAAUGCCGAGAGCUUAUUCAAUGAAGCUAGAUUAAUUAGUUACGCAAUUUAUAAUAUUGCCGGUGUAAAUACAACAAUGAUAGCAAUUCAUCUUUUUAUAUUCCCACACGCUGGACCAGACAUUAAGUACACUCUGGGUUUUUUACGUACCCAACUAUCAACAACAGUAACUGUUGGCCUUGUAUUUGGCCCGAAGGUAUUGCGAGUUUUACGAGGUCAUGGUGACCAGUGGGACAGCCGUGCUCGUGCUCGUGGAAUAACGGCGAGCUUUUCUUUGAAUGGAAUACGUGGCCUUGUCGCUGAAGAAACAACUGAUUUGUUUCAAGAAAACGAGGAAUUAAAAGAAGAAAUUCAGAAACUUGCAGCGCAAAUAGAGUUUAUGAAAAUAGUUCAUAUGGAAAUGCAUAAUCGGCAUAUAAAACCUAAAAUGGGUGGAAGUCUUCACCGCGCUCGCAGAAUGGAACUUUUGCGCGAAAGAAAAGCAGCCCGCGAGAGAGAACGCGAAAAUCAAGAAACUAAUCGACAGCAGCAGAGUACUGUGGAUAAAAGUGAAGGUGUAACUAGUACGAGUGGUGCUAGCAGCGGUGAGCACGUCUGA